AUGAAGGCCUUCCUUUUCGUCCUCGCAGCUUUGCCAGCUAUCCUCGCAGCAGCAGUCCCAGCCCCAGCCGAUGCCAUUGAAGGUAGCGCGCUACUUGUCCAUCCUGGUCCGUCUGGCAGUCGUGCUGGAAUGAAUGCAAGAGGACUGGCCGCGCCACCGAUGCUUGCUACGCAUGCUGCCAAGCAACUUGCCGCCCUUGCAAAAAAUAGAUUUACAAUAUUUGGAUCGAAAUGGGAAGGAUAUCUUGUCUAA